AGGUACACACAAACGCAGCACACAACAACCCCAAGUGAGAAUUCAUUCAUCAUGGGCUUCAUGCUGUCAAGCUAGCCGUUGUAUUUACGCGGGACGUGUGUAAUAAAUAGUAAGUGAACAGUAAUGCCAUUUGUAGAGCAUCGCCAGUAUCUGUAAAGCCGCAUAUCUGCGGCUGGAUGAUUUCUAAGUUGAGCGACACUUUCUUGCGUGGUGUAAUGGGAACUCACGUCUCGUGUUAUGGGAGAGACACGGAGGUCAGACGAACGGUGGACUGUCAACAAUAAUGUCCGAGUAAAACGAGACUGCUGCUGCUUGGCCAGCUGUAUGUUAAUCUUCUAGCACUGAUCAGCGUAAAAUUGAAUCAUGCCUGGGAAACUGAAGGCCAAAAUUGUGGCAGGGCGCCACUUGCCUGUGAUGGACAGAGCCAGUGACCUUACUGAUGCUUUCGUAGAGGUCAAGUUUGGAAACACAACCUUCAAAACAGAUGUCUGUCCCAAAUCCCUCAAUCCACAAUGGAACUCGGAGUGGUUCAAAUUUGAGGUCGAUGAUGAGGACUUGCAGGAUGAGCCAUUGCAGAUCACAGUAUUGGACCACGACACUUACAGUGCUAAUGAUGCCAUAGGGAAAGUUUACAUUGACAUUGAUCCACUGCUUUACAGUGAGGCUGCUUCUGUCAUCUCUGGCUGGUUUCCCAUCUAUGAUACCAUCCAUGGAAUUCGAGGGGAAAUAAACGUCAUUGUUAAAGUGGAGCUCUUCAACGAUUUGAACCGUUUCAGACAGUCUUCAUGCGGGGUCAAGUUUUUCUGCACCACAUGUAUUCCACAAUGCUACAGGGCAACUUUGGUGCACGGCUUUGUUGAGGAACUCGUGGUAAAUGAAGAUCCAGAGUACCAGUGGAUUGACCGUAUCAGAACUCCCAGGGCCUCCAAUGAAGCACGACAGAGGCUCAUCUCUCUCAUGUCUGGAGAACUACAGAGAAAAAUAGGGCUUAAAGUGCUGGAGAUGGGUGGGAAUGCAGUAGUGGGCUACUUGCAGUGUUUCGACCUGGAAGGAGAGUCGGGCCUGGUGGUCCGGGCCAUAGGUACCGCCUGCACGCUGGACAAACUCAGCUCUGGAAGUGCCCCUAACACCAACACACACAUGCACCCAAACACAGCUCCUGCUUCCAAUGCCUGCAAUUCCCCCUCUAAAGAUGGAAAGGAGCCGGUAUUUGUUGAGGAUCUGCCCUCGUCCUCCGGCCCGCCAACCCCUUUCAGAGCCCUUCCCACCUCCUCCUCUCCUCCCCCCUUCUCUCCCUCCAAGCCAUGCAGCCGCCAGUCCUCAUCAUCAGACACAGACCUCAGUUUGACGCCCAAGACGGAGGAGCCCCAUUCAGUGAGAUGCAGACCUGGGAUCUUCCUCUGCCCCAGCUCCCCCAUCCUUUCCACAGACACUCUGUCCCUUCCUGGUUCUGGCUCAGUGGGCUGUGGUCGUGGCUCUAACCCCAGGGCACCCACCUCAGCCCCACUCUCCUCCAUCCAGUCAGACUCUGCCUUGCUGAGAAAGAGCGUGUCCUUCACUGAGGACCUGCUGCUGGCAGCCUCCGGAAUGGGCAGUGGAGGCAGCGCCGGGAAGGAGGCGGGACCUCUGAGGACCCUCCUCAGACAACAGACACAGACAGCUCUUGAGCAGCGGGAGUUCCCCUUCUUCACCUUGACGUCGUUCCCGCCUGGUUUUCUGCUUCAUGUUGGUGGAGUGGUCAGCGCUCGAUCUGUCAAAUUACUGGAUCGGAUACACAACCCCGAUGAGCCCGAGACUCGCGAUGCCUGGUGGGAGGAGAUUCGCCAGGAGAUCAAAUCUCAUGCCAGAGCUCUCGGGUGCCAUGCGGUUGUAGGGUACAGUGAGAGCACAAGCAUCUGCGAGGAGGUGUGUAUUCUGUCCGCAUCUGGCACAGCAGCCAUCUUGAAUCCUCGGUACAUGCGUGAAGGCUGCCUGGACAUCGGCUGCACCGACCACAGGUUUGAGGAGCCAUCGCCACCGAACUGUGGCUUCUGUCACAUCCCGUACGAUGAGCUCAACAUGCCCUUUCCUGCACAGCUCACCUAUUGUUACCACUGUAGACGACAAAAGGUUCCUGAUGUGCUCUUCACAACAAUUGACCUGCCAUCAGAAGCAGCUGUUGCAGGAAAGGGCUGCCUUAUCCAGGCCAGGCUGUGUCGUCUAAAGAAGAAAGCCCAGGGAGAAGCAAAUGCAACGGCCAUCUCUAACCUGCUGCCUUUCAUGGAAUAUGAGCUACACACUCAGCUGAUGAAUAAGCUGAAACUGCGGAGCAUGAACGCGCUGUUUGGCCUGCACAUACAGAUCAGUGUUGGCGAGAACAUGCUCCUGGGUCUGGCUUCUGCUACAGGUGUGUACCUGACAGCUCUGCCUGCUCCAGGGGGUAUCCAGAUAGCAGGGAAGACUCCAGGAGAUUUGAGCAGCGAGCAUAUAUCAUCCAUUCAGAAAAGGAUUAAUGACACCAUAGCUGCGAACAAAGAGCUCUAUCAAAUAAAUCCUCCGAAAUUAUUUGCCCUGGACCCUGAGGUGUUCUGCGGCAUAAACAUGGAGCUUGCAGAGGAAGGGGUGGGCUCUCCAAUCCCUGAGCCAAGGCAUCGAUCCAGACUUUUUCGCUCCCACUCGGAAAGCUCAGACGAGCUAUCAGAACUGGAUCUGUCCCACGGCAAAAAGGAUGCCUUCGUCCUGGAGAUUGAUGACACCGAUGCCGUGGAGGAUAUCCACUCCCUCCUGAUCGAUGCACCUCCCCCCUCAGGUUUCUACAGCUGCAACACUGAAAAUAUGCCUGGGAUUUCUAACUGGACUUCAGGAGUACAGAUGUUUACAUCAGUGAGGGUUUUGAGGUUGAGCAAUGCCAAUCUUACUAACCAAGGCUUAAACAAGAUCUUUACUGACCUCUGUGAGAACCUGCUGAAGAGUUUUUACUUCAAGCUGCGCUCUAUGAUCCCCUGCUGUCUUUGUCAUCUCAACUUCACCGUAGCAGUGCCAGAAGAAGAGCUCAUACAGGUCACAGUGACAGCCGUUGCCAUGACCUAUGACAAGGAACAGACUCAGGAGAGGACAGCUGAGAAGCCCGUCAACAAAGGGAGCCUUGAGGUUGAAGACCAGCUGCAGUUUCCCCUGGAAUUGUGUGCAGACUCGUCCUCUUCCAACAUUCAGACGGCAUCCAAAAUCUCAGGUGUCGGAGAAAGUACCAACAUGUCACCCAGAGCUGCCUCCGUUGAUUACGGUUCCUUUGCAGACAGAUGCAGCACCUGGCUAGAGCUGCUUAGGCUGAAAGCUCACACCAUAAGACGAGGAUCAGUUAAGACAAGUAGGAGGACACAGUCUCUAGCACACUCUGUCUCAUCUUUGGAGCGCUGCAGUCCGCUUCAAGAGGGACGUUCCCGCUCGCUGCGCUCCAGUCGCUCGUUUGGAGGCAGCUCGGUAACGGUGGUGAAGAUGACGCCGCUCUCCUUCCUUCCCGGGACACGCAUCAUUAAAUACCUUGGCAUUAUCAACAUGUUUUUUAUCAGAGAGACGACAUCAUUACGGGAGGAAGGCGGUGUCAGCGGCUUCCUUCAUUCAUUCAUCGCAGAGGUGUUCGCGAUGGUUCGAGCCCACGUAGCGGCCCUCGGCGGCAAUGCAGUUGUGUCUUACAGCAUGAAAGAAUGUGUGUUCAUGGAAAAUCCAAAUAAAAAUCAGGCUCAGUGUCUCAUAAAUGUAAGCGGUGAUGCGGUUAUCUGCAUCAGCGAAACAGACCAGGAGUCCUCUACAUCUACGGGAAAUACUGGACAGACCGGUGGCAGUGAAACCGAUGGGGCUACAUGACAAUGACACCGAUCCCCAAUUCUGGCUCCAAGAAACACACACUAAGUCAACACACUUUAAGUCUAGCCGUCCAAAUCUGACUGACUUAUGUUUGCCUUAAAACUCUAUAAAAGAUCCAAAGGCUUGGACACAGCAAAUAAAGAACCAUUGCUCAAGCAUGCAAAGCAAUCUAUAUUAAUAUGGGAGUGUGGGAUGUUUCUUUUUGUUUAAAGAGAACAUAUUUUGCAGGACAUAUUAUGGAAUUUCAAAGUAUUUAUAAACAUUUAAUUUAAAACCAGUCACCGACUCCUUACACCUAACCUUCAUAUUAAAGCCGUCCAUGCUGGGGUCACUCACAGCCACGGUAUAUUGGUCAUCCAGUCGGGUAUGAGUAAGGCAGCUAUGACUGAUUUGUCCAUCCACGGAUCACAGAUGUCGCUCAAUGACUGAAGCAAAAGGGAUACAAGCUAAUGAUUUUAAAACACAGUCAAAUUCUUACUCAGUUAUUUCAUCCCAUGUGUUGAGCACCGAGUGAAGAGAUUAUGCAUCAGGCAAAGCAACUGUUUAAAUUUCAACUGAGUGGUGCUCUUUCUUAAACUAUAGAAAAAAAAUAGCCUGAAGUGGAAAAUUUUGAUGCUAAUUCCAAAGAAUGCAGGCGGACCUGUGAUCCGUUCACUGUUGUCCAAUUUUAAUGUUUUAUGUCUAAACUGGGCUCAUGUUGAAUUUUUGAGAAUCUUGCUAAUUAGUUUUAAAGUGUUUCUCAGAGGAAGUCCAAAAUCGUUCUGCAAGUGUGGAACGAUGGUGUCACAGCUGUAUUUCUGGGAGGAAACUCAUGUUACAUGCAUAUAGAUAACACAAGCCAAAAUUACAGGUGUUAUAUGCACAUAUUUUUGUAGAGCAAUAACUCCCUUUAGAAUAGCCAUUACCAUAUAUUCAGUAUAAAGCUAUUUAAAACUAUUAGAUUAUAUUGCUUUAUCCUAAAUUCAAGUGACAUAGCAGGUAUGCUUUUUAUUCACAUGCAACUGGAGUGAGCAGGGAAAUGGUGACAGGUGUGAUGUCAGAUGAAUACGAACAAAACUGGUGAGUUGAUAUAAAGCGGGUCUUUGGGAUGUCGUAGCAGGGAUCUUUAAUAGAAUAUAAAAAAUGAGGUUGUUUUGAAGUAUUUAAACCUUGAUCUCUGGGUAUCGAAGCAACUGACGUCCUCUUGAUGCAUUUAUCUGUGUGUGUCAAAUUUCACAUAGCUUUGCCAAGCUUAAUCACUGUUUAUGUUUAGAGUCUUGCUGCUGAUCUUCUGUCUAUUGGGGGGGGGCAGCUACAAGUGUCUGUGCCACCUGAAAACAGACUGUGUAAAUGUUCUCAAAAAAAAAGGAAAAAAAAUCAGAUUUCUAGUAUUUUUGUAAGUUCAAGAGUCCUACUACUUAAUUCAGCUGUGCAAUGAGUUUCAUGAUGUUUUGUGUCACUGUGUCAGAAGAUUAGUGGUACUCUGUUUUGUGUGUGAUCAGCUGUUUGUGAUUAGUUUCAUAUGUUUGUGUCUAAAACUUGAAUGUAAAUACUUGGAAGCUUUGGCUCUUUGACUAGCAGCAUGCAGACCCACUUUUUAUUGCCAUGACCCUGUAUGCUUGCCUGAUAGGUCUUGCACAAUAAACCUGAGUCAAAGUGA